CAAUCAUAAAAUAUUUCUGCCCAAAACCGCGCAACCUUAAAACCGCGGACGCCGGCGGCGGCGCCCCGCGCCCUUAUUGCCCCUUCGCCGCCUCCAGAAGGCCACUUUCAACGCCUCCCAAAUCCCAUUUAAUAUUUAUAUUAUUACAGCUGCUUGUCGUUUUCUCCAUCCACCACAGAAUCCUUCGAUAAUUUAUUCAUCCCAAAAACCUAAUUCCCGAUCCCAAUUAACAUCAAUCAUCUGCAACUAUACUAUACUCUAUGGCUUUCCAUCACAUUCGUGUUCAGGUUCCCCUCCAAAUAUCACUUUCUCCCAUUUAUCAUCCAAUCCCAAUUCCAUUUCCAAUUAGUCGAAACAAAUGUUGGGAAAAAGGGUUUUUUGCAACAGUAAAUGGGUCGACGAGGAAGAAGGGCUUUUGUGUAAAUUCAUCGAGCAGCUUGUCGGAUUGGGUGCCUGAAAAGACCUCCAAAGCUCCUUCUCUAAGCGACGUCGUUUGGCCGUCCGCCGGGGCUUUUGCUGCCAUGGCUUUACUAGGAAAGAUCGAUCAAAUCUUGGCACCAAAAGGGAUUUCGAUGACCAUUGCCCCAUUGGGAGCUGUUUGUGCUGUCCUAUUUGCGACACCUUCGUCUCCCGGCGCACGGAAGUACAACAUGUUUAUGGCGCAGAUCGGCUGCGCUGCAAUCGGCGUGCUGGCUUUCACGAUUCUCGGCCCCGGCUGGGUCGCGAGGAGCGCAGCGCUGGCGGCCGCCGUUGCCUUCAUGAUCGCGACCCGCUCGGUGCAUCCUCCAGCUGCGAGCUUACCUUUGCUUUUCAUCGAUGGCGCGAAGCUGCACGGGCUCAACUUUUGGUAUGCUCUGUUUCCCGGCGCUGCCGGAUGUGUCGUCCUCUGUUUGAUUCAAGAGAUGGUGUGUUACUUGAAGGAGAAUUUGAAAUUUUGAAAGGCACUGAUUUUUAGUUUUAAUAAAAUGUUGCAUCAUUUGUAUAGUUGUAAUAGUUGUUAAUAAAAUGUUGCAUAAUUUUA